CCCGGAAGAGAAAGCGGCGGGGCGGAAGAGCAGGACGAGGAGGGGGCUGUGUGUGGGGCGGGGGUCUUCGCUGCCGCCGCCGCCGCCUUCCGGGGGUCUCCGGGCGCCGCGAGGAUUGCGACCGCCGCCAUGCCGGCCCUGCUGGAGCGCCCGAAGCUGAGCUCGGCCAUGGCCCGCGCCCUGCACCGGCACGUCAUGGUGGAGCGCGAGAGGAAGCGGCAGGCUCCCGCCCUCUGUCCCGCAGAGGAAGAAGAGGUGGACAAGAUGAUGGAGCAGAAGAUGAAGGAGGAGCAGGAACGGCGGAGGAAGAAAGAGAUGGAGGAGCGCAUGUCGCUGGAGGAGACCAAGGAGCAGAUCCUGAAGCUUCAGGAGAAGCUUCAAGCUUUGCAGGAGGAGAAGCAUCAACUCUUCCUCCAGCUCAAGAAGGUCCUGCACGAAGAGGAGAAACGGCGUCGCAAGGAGCAAAGUGAUAUGACCACCUUGGCGGCAGCUGCCUAUCAGCAGGGGAUGGCUGUGCACGCUGGGACCCACAUCCUCAACAUGCAAGGCAGUCCGAGUGGGCACAACCGGGCGGCCACCCUCAUCCCAGCUGACCGGGCCAAGCAAAUGUUCGGACCGCCGGUGAUCACGGUAAAGACCCCAACAGGGGUGAACAAACGGAGGGGAGCCUGUUUUUACUCAAAAUCGGGGGGUCGGUUUGGAUCCCAGCCAGCCUUGUCUUACCUGACACGGCACUUUGCGACCCAGCCAGCUUUCCCGGCCGGCACCCCGGAACACGGGCAGUACCAGGGCAGCCAAGCCGGGCACAGCCCCUACGCCGUGGGGCAGGGCCAGCACACGGUGCCCGUCAGCUACGCCAGCAGUCAGUCCAUCCGAGGACCCUCGGCUUUCUCCACGAUGCAGUACUUGCCCCAGCAGCAACCUGGUUACGCCAUCCACGGUCACUUCCCCGCCGCCCAGGCAGGAUUCAUCCCGCCCAGCACCACCAUCCCUCUCCAGAAGCAGCUGGAACACGCGAACCAGCAGUCCGGGUUUUCCGAUUCGUCCACCCUUCGUCCGAUGCACCCCCAGGCCCUCCACCCCAACCAGGGUCUCCUCCAGGCCUCUCAGCUCCCGGUCCAAAUGCAGACCACCGCCAAGCCCACUUUGGCCUACACUCACCCGGCCCGGCCUGCCUCUCCGGGGACCUUCCCACAGCAGCCACAUACGUCUGGCUUCCAAGCUUCACCCCAGGCCGCACCUCGGCACCCUUUUAUACAGCACCCGCAAGGUCAGCGUUUCUACCACAAGUGAGCCCCGACAGACACACACACAGAAACACACACACAUACACACACCGGCUGCUUCAGCGUCCUACCCCGCCCGCGUGCCCGGCCUGAAUUUGAAAAGUCUCCCUCGGAACGAGUGUCUGCCCGGGAAUCCUUGUCUGCCUUCCUCUCCAGAACUGUCAUGCAUUUUGCCAAAUUGCAACCGUGGCGUUCUCCAAAUACACUUGUGCGGCUUUCGUUUCACGCAG